GAAACGAACUAGUACUACGUUGGAGACUCCGUCCCGACACAAAGUAAAGUACAAUCGUUAGUUGCACUUACAUCCUUGUUACUUCCGCCUCUGUUAUAGAUUUCUCUAGAUUAACCCCCCUAAUUUCAAGUUACACCCCCACACCACUCGCACAAACUGCAUUUAACACAGUUCAUCACAAACAAGCUCACUAAACCUCAACAAUGGCAUCCUCUACUUUCUCCAACACAAUCUCACCCACUUUAUCCACUCCCCAUUCUCAUUCCCCCAAAUUCUCAUCUCUCAGAUCUCUGCAUCUACCUACCCAGCUAAAGAACACUCAUGCCACAAGAAGAUUUACAAUCUCUUGUUCUUCAGAAUCCACUAAUGCUCCAAAAGAAAACACCCCAAUUGAAUUAAGGUUUCCUGCAUUUCCAACCAUAUUGGAUAUCAAUCAGAUUCGUGAUAUUCUUCCUCACAGGUUUCCAUUUCUUCUAGUGGAUAGAGUGAUUGAAUACAAUCCUGGAGUUUCUGCAGUGGCUAUAAAGAAUGUAACAAUAAAUGAUAACUUCUUUCCUGGACAUUUUCCAGAAAGACCUAUCAUGCCUGGUGUUCUAAUGGUUGAGGCAUUGGCACAGGUAGGUGGCUUGGUUAUGUUACAACCUGAAGUAGGAGGUUCUCGCGAGAAUUUCUUCUUUGCUGGGAUAGACAAAGUACGAUUUAGGAAGCCAGUGAUUGCUGGAGACACCCUAGUUAUGAGAAUGACACUUAUCAAACUGCAAAAGCGAUUUGGAAUAGCAAAGAUGGAAGGGAAGGCAUUUGUUGGCGGAGAGGUUGUUUGUGAGGGUGAGUUUUUGAUGGCCACCGGAUCUGCGAGCGAAUAAUUAGAGCAAUCAUUCCACCAAAGCGAGAGUUGAUUUUGCUGCAUUUCUUUUGUGCUUCGAGCGUUCUUUUAGUUGUUUAACUCCAGAUUUUUUUUAUUUGGUAUGUUAUUGAGUUGGAAACCCAAAACUUUAAUCAAGUUAAGAUAACUAUGUGCAUUGUGUGGAUUAAAAGCUUACAAAUUUAAGUUUGAAUAAAGUUCAUUCUGCUAA